CAACGAUAUCCCGCACAAGACAUUUUGUUCAACCUGUGCGCGUUAGAAGAGGAAGAAAGGGUCGAAACAAAUUUACCGAAAUUUGUGAAAUUUACCAACAUUUUUCUCCGGCCGCUGAACUGGACUAGAGACAACUUAGAGCCACGCAAGAUGUUGUCGCUGAAGCGUCCUUUUCGUAACAUAGAGCCCAUGAGGCGCCAUGUAGCCCUCUGUGCCUCACACACGACGACCAUUGCAGGCCCAGGCACCCCGGACGGGCGUCUUGCUUUUACCCUCCAAAGACGAACCCAUGUAGCCGCAUCGCGGGCCUCCAACAUGCGGAAUCUUCACGGGUACCGCCUCAGGCCCUGCCGGUUUUUCGUGAACUCCUGCUACAGGAGAAACGUGGUGCCAAAGGGAGGUGGUCCUUUGCCAUGUGCAACAAGAAGGGCUUCUUCUUCUUCAUCGCGCACUUUCAGUUCGACCGCUUCGGAUGCAGCGACUUCGGGGUCGUCUGCUGCUGGAGCAACUACUUCGUCGAGCACACAAAGUGCGAGUCCGACUGGUCCGUCAACAUCUACGUCUUCAUCCUCUUCUAACAACACAGCCAAAUCCUUAGCCGCAACACUAGCCCUGGGCAUGGGCCUGGCGUACUUUACCUACGACAAGAUUGUGGACAGCAAUUACGAGAAACUGAAAACGGCGUUGGAGCAGCCCAAGUACGUCUUCGACUGGGAUCCAACGAGGUGGAGCGUGCCAAACGACGAGGAAUUGGUGCUGGAUAUCGGGCGGAAAGAGAUCAUUCUGGUAUACGAUAUGCCGUUGAGAAACGCAUCAUACACGACUUUGGCGUUAUAGAAAAAAUUGUAGGACAGCACCCUCGCAUGACAAAUCCGAAAAUUAUACCCAUACUGCGACGGCAUGAGAAAUAUUAAACCUCUCUGUCAAAGUAGGUUCGCCACGGUCAGUACCACACGCGGGCCCUCCAAGACGACGGCCGCACCCUGACCAAGCUCGGUGAGGAGCAGGCAAGGCUCACCGGCGAGCGGCUUUUCGACCUCCUUUCCGCGGACGGGCUAUUCCCGAUUCGCAGGCCGAAUUGCACGAUUAAGUGCUUCCAGUCUUCACUCACCCGCGCGACGCAGACCGCCGACAUUGCCACCAGGGUGAUGAAUGAGAAGAUGGGGAAUCUAGUCGAGAAACUCAUGCAGCACCAGAAAAUCGUCGCGAAUAGAGAACAAAACCAUGACGGGAAUAACAGAUCUGGUGGCGGUGGUGGGCUGCACACUCUACUCAACAAUGGGUCGUCGGCAGCAGCGCGAAAUAAUUCUCCAGGAAGCAACGAGGACUCAUCGGAACUCAGCGCGGAGGCCGCCGAGGUAGCGGAUUCUCUCCGACUCAGUGCGGAAACAAACGCGGAUAUCGCAGAGGGCCUUCCGUGCAUCCCCGACCCCGAUCCUCAGCACGGGAAGCGUAGUACGACCAACAAAACCAGUCAGGACCGGAUCCGCGGGGCGUUUAACCAGAUCUUCCGCGUGCCGCAAGGGACCAACAUCGAGCACAUUUCGACCAACAUCUACUUCUGCCACGCCAACGUGAUCCGGUAUUUCGUCCUUAUCAAACGUAAAAAUGUCUGGGUCUGGAAGAUUGCGAGAUUUGUCAUGCUGAUCUGGCAUGGCCCUUAAAUCUGUAUUGCGUGGCCACAAACAGCCUCUCUCGCCUGUCAUGCAAAAACGCAGUUUCUCAUGCGGAAUACGCAGCACAGAAGCACGAAGCAACUUGUCAUGCUUGGCGGCGCAUUACAGUUCAUUUGUAUAUUGACUGACUUGCAUCACAAGUUUCCAGACUCAGACAUUUUUCCAUUUAAUAGUCCUCCGCGCACUGCAACUCGACGAACGCGCGUGGCUGCGGUUGAGCGUGGCGCACGCAUAUCCUUUGCAAAAGUAUCGUACUCGUAUAGAUGCAAAUCGUGCAUUACAAAUCUUGUUUCCAAGGCAAAUCUGCAUAACAAAUUUUAUUUCUCAUGCUGAGGAAAUUUGUAAUGCAUUUAUACGAGUACGAUAGUACUUUUGGAGUUCAUAACGCAUCUGUCGUGUGGAUUUCGCUAGAUCAUGACGGUUACGUGUCAGUGCGCCUGCUCGGGGACGCAGGGCAUUUACCUGUUCAGAAGUUGACGUACUGAUGAAAAAGCAUAGAGGACAACACUAGCUUCUAGAUACGGACUUUCACUUCAAUAUCUUUUACAACCCGCCCCGCGAGACCAUAGUGAAUAGCUCCUUGCGGGAGAGCAGACGAAGAACCGUCGAACAGCAUUAUUCUGAUAAGCGCUACAACCAAGAACGCGGAUAAAGUACUGAAAGUGACUGUGAACCAUGAUCGCAUUUUUGCACGAAAACGACGCAAAU